CCUUGUUGUCUGCCCCAAACGAAUCCCCCCCCUCCCAACACACCCAUACACAAACCGCACGAAUGAAUCCCCGGCGAACUCGUACGGCCGCAGCCCCGGCCACCACCGCGAGAAGCCCCCGUCCACUGGGGGCCCGCCGGGGCCUGGCGCUCGCCGCCGGGCUGGCGGUCCUUUCCGUGGUUUGUGGGCCCCGGACCGCGAACGGCUUCGCGAUCCGCCUCGUGUCGACACCGGGGAGGCUCCCGGUAUCGUCGAGGCCGGCGAGGAGGAGGGACUACGGCGGCGGCCGCUACGAUUCCUACGACGACGGCUACGGCUACGAAGGCUCCGACCGGGAGGGACGGGGUGCCCCGCGGCGGGGAAGGUCCGGCGGACCGAGGGGCCGGUCGGGCUACGGCUCGAACAACGACGAGAACGAGGACUACGACAAGGACUGGUCGAGGCCCACGCAAGGGCGCGGGAGGGGUGGAUCAAGGGAUGCGUCCCGGGGCUACGGAGGAAGAAACGGACCGAGAGGCCGGUCCCAGGGUCCGAGGCAGAGAGGGGGAAGCGGCAGCGGCAGCCGAUACGGCGGGGACCGCCGGAACGCAAGCCGUCCACCGGCGCAGCCGGAGGAGACGGCCGAGAUCACCGACACGAACGCCCACUUUUUCAGCAAGAAGCCCCUCUCCGAUCCAACCUUUUACGCGGAGGGCGGCGCCGACGGCGACAACGACGCGAGCCAAGAGCUCCACGAGGCGCUCUGCCGCGGGGCGGGGAUCACCCGGCCGUCGCGGAUCCAGUCUCUCGCGUGGCCGAAGAUCCUCGGCGGGAGCCACACAAUCGUGGCCGACCAGACGGGAUCGGGAAAGACCUGCGCCUACCUGAUCCCGUGCCUGCUGCGGGCCCUCCAGAGCCCCCCGGUCGGGGCCAACGGGUCCCCCCGGGUCCUGGUCCUCGCCCCGACCGCCGAGCUGGCGGACCAGAUCCGGGACGUCUGCUUCAAGAUCUCGAGGGCCGGGACCCCCUUCCACACCAUGGUGGUCACGGCCAACGGAAAGCAGACCACCACCAUCCGCGACCAGAUCCGCAUGAUCCAGCGCAAGCCCGCGGACGUCCUCAUCGGGACGCCCGGGCGCAUCUCCACGAUCCUCCGCACCCGGAACUCCGGCCUCGACCUCUCGCACGUCCGCUCCAUCGUGCUGGACGAGGUCGACGUCCUCAUGAUCGACGAGACCUUUGGGCCGCAGCUCCGGACCGUCGGGGCCGCCGCGCCGCUCCUGGAUAAGACGCAGUUCGUCUUUGUCACCGCGACCCUCCCGGACUCGAUCGUCGAGACCAUCACCACGGAAUUCCCGGGGGUGGUCAAGGUGAAGGGCCCCGGCCUGCACCGGCCGGCGCCCUCGCUCAAGGAAAACCUGGUGGACGUCUCCGUUCCCUCCUCCUCGAACCGGAACGAGGACCUCUGCUUCGACCUCAAGGCCAAGGCCCUGCUGAAGGCCCUACGGCAGAACCGCUGCAGGAGGACCCUCGUCUUUUGCAACACGGUCGAAUCCUGUCGCAGCGUCGAAAACCUGCUGAACCGAAAGGACCGGCGCGGCCGGGUGUUCGAGGUACUGGCCUACCACAGCGCCAUGACGCCGGAGGCCCGGAACGCCAACCUGAGGGUCUUUGCCAGGGGCCGAAACAACGACAGGAACGAAGAGGUGGACUACGUCCUGAUUUGGUGAGUCCCGCGGGUUUGCGCCCCGGCUCUGCCGAUUCUCUCUCCUCCCCCCCUCCCGACCGCAACACUCACACAUUUUUUUGUUUUGUCUCCGACGUUUGUUUGUCUUGCACUGCUCUCGAAUGUACGACGAUUCCGAACUCCAUAGCACGGACCGGGCCGCUCGCGGAGUAGACUUCGACGAGGCCCCUGUCAACCACUGCGUCGUCUUCGAUUUUCCCAAGGACCCCGCCGAGUACAUCCGCAGGGUGGGAAGGACCGCCAGGGCCGGUCGGGUUGGCACCAGCACGGUCUUUGCGUACGGCUGGCAGCUGCCCAUCGCCAGGAGCGUCAUGGGCAAGAAGCUGGACAGCGAAACGAUCGCAACCAGUGACAUGAAGUACGACGAAAACGACUACGAGCCCCGCUUCGAUCGGAGGACCAAGAAACGACGCGACGCGCAGAUGAAGUCCAAGAUCGAGGACGGCAGUCUGUGGGAGUAGGCGCUCUGCAACUCGCCGCAUACACUAUGUGAAUAAAUCGAAACUACUGUU